AACCUACGGACACAGAACAAUGCGACGUAUAUUCAAAUGAGAGCUCUCUCUCUCUCUCUCUCUCUCUCUCUCUCUCGCGCGCGCGCGCGCGCACGUAUACGUGGCACAGUAUAUCAAGCGACAAUCGACACCUCCUUCGUCAGUUAUCGCCGACAGAUGUCUAACUCACAUCGAUGCCAACAGAGAAGCUGGAAGCGGCGCAUCUUCGCUUCGUUAUCGCGCGGAUAUGUUCGCUCGCGGUUUUACGAGCUGCGUUGUCACGCGGCUCUAUAGCUCUUUAUAUGCGUGUGUGUACAGAAUCUUCGCAGGAAACGUCCGUUAAUAGUCGCGAUUUGUUGCCAAUAAAAUCAGCGAUUGCGCGCGAUGAUAAUAUUGUAACAAUAUUCAUAAAAUUCAGUUCAUCGGUGAAAAAUCGAAUUAUAUUUCCCUAUAUACUCAGCUCUCUUACGACAGUGGAUUAUAAGGCUUUCGCUCUCGCGCGCAAUCGCAUGCGGGAUAGUUCAAGGGAAUAACUGCCCGCUCGCUGUGUGUGUGUGUCUGUCAGUCUCGAAGAGAAUACAACGCAUAAUGCGCCUAUCUGUGCAUACAGAGAAUAUACAAGCGGUAUAACACCGUGUGCGAGGCUAAAAAUAAAGCGAUUCCGCCGGUGCCAGUGAAGAAUGAAAAAGCAAAUAUGUUAAAUGGUUAAAUGUACCGUCGAGAGCAUUGCGACAGUCAACUCUGAUGUGUAUGCUAUUCAAUCGGUCUUGAUUGCCCUGCUAUACGUACGUAUAUUGAUGAAAAAUCCCCGCGCGUCCUAGGGGCCAAUAAAAUCGUUUAAGCCCAGCACGAAGACGUUUCUUUUUCUUUUCAGCGAGCUUAGCGCCUGUCGUUCUCGUAUUGCGAAAUUUUUUUAUGUAUUCAGGCAUUAAUUACGUUUACGCGUGCGGCCGCGUUAUUAUCGCUAAUCUUCCUUCUUAAAUGAGCACAAUAAACGCGGAUAUUAUCCGUUGAGUUGAUAAUGAUACGCGCGACGAGCCUCGUGAAAUAAACGAAAAAACAAACAACAACAAUGACAGCUCAAAUUAGGUUAUUACCUUCUUAUCCGACCAGCAGGUACUUAUAAUCACGACCUUUGGAUCUCCAUAUCACCUUAUCGACGGCACUUCGUGCAACAACUUCACGGAAAAGCGUCGGCUCCAUAUAAUCACGCGAGUCUCCCAUUCGCGGCUCUUAUCAAAAUCCAGCCAGCGACGUCAUAAUCGAGACGAUAAAUAGCACGUGUGGGCGACUCUUCUACACUCGAGGAUGAUCCACUGCUCGAAAAGGAUAGAAAAAAAAGAGAAGAAGUAGAAGUGUAUAGCUACCUAUAGAGAGCAAGAAAUACUCGCGGAGGCGGCGCGUAACAUUGACACGAGUGGACGAGCAGACGGUAGGGGCGACACAUCCACGAUAAACCGAGAGAGAGAGAGAGAGAGAGAGAGAGAGAGAGAGAGAGAGAGAGAGAGAGAGAGAGAGAGAGAGAGAGAGAACAAGACUAGCGCGCGUCGAUCUGUGCUUGCGCAGCUCCCAGCAACCAAUCAUCGGACGGAAAGCGCGAAAGCUUCUACCCACGCGCUCGUUCGUGUGUAUUGGACGAGCCUCGAUCGCAGAGUGGGUUCGCUUUUUUCCCGGUGAGGUUUCGCGCUGGACUGUGCUGCGGCGAAUUCGAUCGCAGGUCCUUCCUUAGAGACCGAGUCGGCGCACAUCGCACACGGACACACGGAGGAUGGAGUGGACGACGAGUGGAAAGCUGCUGGCCUAUUGGGUUCUUCUAAUCGGUAGCGGCUCGAUUUUAACGCUGGAAGCGGCAGACCAACCGCAGUUGAAACUCGUCAGUGUUGUCUUCCGACAUGGAGAUCGAGCGCCUGAUCCGGUCGAAAUGUUCCCGAAGGAUCCGUACUACAAAUACAGCUUCUAUCCGGUGGGACUCAGUGGACUGACGAACGAAGGAAAACUCCGAGAGUACCAGCUCGGUAAAUUGCUCCGAAAACAGUACAACGAUCUUCUGGGCGACGUGUACCUUCCCGAUUCAGUAUUAGCUCGAAGCACGGACUACAAGAGGACGAAGAUGAGUCUCCAACUCGUUCUCGCGGCUCUUUACCCGCCGAAGGGUCUACAAGUGUGGAACAAACAGCUCAAUUGGCAACCCAUACCCAUGACUUAUGAGACGCCUGACAGGGACUGGCUCAUGAUCCCCGAGGAGUGUCCCGAAUAUCUGGAAGAACGCAAAAAGACCGAAAGUCUUCCGGAAAUUCAAGCAAAAAUCGAAAGCAUUCAAGGCUUUCUGAAGAAUCUAACCGAAUUGACGGGAAAAAACUUCACGAUUCCCAACGACAUCUACAAUUUAUACCACAUUCUGAUAGCCGAGUCUUACAUGGGCUUAGCGAUUCCGCAGUGGACCCGAGGAAUUUUCCCGCACGGAAAACUCUUGGACGGUAUAAAUUUAGAGUACGAGAUGUUCAGCUAUUCAGAGGCUCAACGUAGACUCAACGGAGGUAAACUUUUGUUCAACAUAUUAGAAGAAAUGGUAGCUAUCAAAGAGGGUCGAUCGGAUAAGACUCGCAAAAUGCAGUUAUACAGUGGGCACGAAACUAACGUAGCCGCUGUCCUGCAAACUUUAGGCAUUUAUAAACCACAUGUACCUGAAUACACAAGUGCUGUCAUAGUUGAACUUUAUGAAUUAAAUGCUCGGUAUUUUGUAAAGGUAUUUUAUUAUCUGGGAAUACCAUCAACGUUAGUCGUACAAAAAAUUCCAGGAUGUGAAGUUCUCUGUCCCCUGGAUAAGUUUUUGGAUCUACUAAAAAAUGUGAUACCUUCGAAGGACGAAUUGGCCUGUGACAAGACCAAAAAAUCCACGAAUUAAAGGCACCGAAUACCAGUUUGAUAUUAUGAUAAAGUGUUGCGAAAUUAUUGUUAUAAAUUAUUUAAAUAAUAAAAAAUAAAAAAUAAUUUGUUUUGAUAAAAA